AUGCGCGUGAACGUCGCCCGCGUUUGGGAGGACGCCGAUUACGACAAAGUGCGCAAUUUGUGCAAAUCGUCCGACGGCUGGACGGAGGUCUACAACAAGAAAUCGAUAGCCGUCUACACGCAGCACGUCGCCAAUAGUCAUUUUCAAAUGAUUAAGGCUGUCGCCCAUUUUCCCGACGUCACUUCGAGCCUCGUCUAUGACGUGCUUCAUGAUUCGGCAUUCCGCUCGAAAUGGGAUAAGCAUAUGCUGUCGCAGGAAAUGAUUGGAAUGAUCAAUCCGAACAACGAUGUCGGCUAUUAUGCGCUGUCGGGAAUGUCGCCGGUGCGCGCGCGCGAUUUCGUGCUGCAACGAAGUUGGCUGGAAACGAAGCACGAGAAGCUCAUUUGCAGUCAUUCGGUGUGUCAUGAGGAUUAUCCGCCGGCGAAGGGAUUCAUACGAGCGACGGUGUUGCUGUCGGGCUACUUGAUUGAGGAUCAUGACGAGGAAGGAUGCCAAGUCACCUAUAUCAGCCAUACCGAUCCCAAAGGCAAACUUCCGACGUGGCUGGUCAAUCGGGUCACCAAGGUUGUCGCGCCGAAGGUGGUCAAGAAGCUUCAUAAAGCAUGCCUUCAUUAUGAAGAGUGGAAGGAGAAGCAUCAUCCCAAUUGGAAGCCAUGGAUUGUUCCAGAACAGCAGAUGGACUUCCCACGAGUUGAUUUGGAGAAGUGUCAACCUAAAGAGUAUGAGCAGGAGAUUAUUGAUGAGUCCAACUUGUCUGCGGCGAGCAUGAGCAUCAAGGAUGAGGAGGAUGAUGACGAUUCGCUCAAAAAAUAA